AUGGCGACACUGUCCUUCCUGGUUGCUGUGUUCUUGCUGGUCUCUCCAGUUGUCGGAGGAGGUCGGGAUAAUAUGGGAACUGAGUUCAUUCUGGGUUUCAUGGAGAACAAAAUAUCUGGUUCAGCGAACAACAUCGAACUAUUUGUCACAACCACAUCGAACACCCCAGCCGACGUCACAGUGACCACGCCCCUUUACAACCCAAGCUUCUCAGAAUCAACCUCCGUCAGCCGUGGGAACAUCAAGAAGAUCGAGCUCACCCACAACAUAAGGGGCUCCGGAACACAAGUCCAAGACAAGGGCGUCCGAAUUGUUUCAACGCAAGAAAUCACAGUCUACGGCGUUAACAAAGAAAUGUACUCUACCGAUGGAUUUGUAGCUUUUCCAGUAGAUGCCAUCGGCAAAGAGUAUAUUCUUUCUACUUGGACAAAUGAGGCGGAGUUUAUGAUCAUCGGCACAGAGGACGGAACAACAGUUCAGAUCACUCUCUCCUCUUCCAACCCCACGGCCACCUCGGUAUCAUACAAUGGAGGCACUUAUUCUAAUGGUCAGACAUUUACAGUGUCAUUGAAUAAAUACCAGACCUUCCAUGCUCUGUCAACGUCGGGUGACUUCACGGGGACCAAAGUGGUGUCCGAUAAAGUCGUUACCGUAAUGACCGGUAACAGGAAAGUAGCCGUGAAGGACACUAUGACAAGAUCUAGUUCCGAUCACCUUGUGGAACAAGUUCCGCCCAUUGAAACACUCGGUAAAGACUUUUUCACGAUUAGUACACCGGACAGAAACAUCGGGGACUACUUUCGUAUCAUAGCCACUGAAGACUCCACCGAAGUCUCUUUGGCGGGGUCAGUACAUGCUACAAUAAACCAAUGCCAGUAUGUGGAACUCAACGUCCCCACGGGUGAUUACAAAACUAUCACUGCAAACAAGCCCGUUAUGGUCACAAUGUUUGGGAAGACGUUUAGUACCGCCACGGGUGACGGGCCCAAUGGAGGAGACCCCCAGUUUAGUAUCUUGCCCGCCGUUCCCCAGUUCCCUUCUGACUACACAUUCAGCACGAUCCAAACUCCUACAGGGGAUUUCAAAAACUACCUCGUAGUUGUCAUCAAAGAUUCUGCCAAGAAUGAUCUGAAAUUGGAUGAGCAGAGUCCAUCGGGUGUUAACUGGUCCCCUGUGGUUGGUUCCUCCCAGAAUCUGAUGGUAGCUACAUUGGAGGUGAAUCCCGGCUCACACUCUAUCUAUAACACAAAACCUUCCGCGACGUUCUUAGGGAUGGCUUUUGGUAACGCGCAAACAAACUCCUAUUCCUACGCGGCUGGAACUCGAUUGGCUGCCAUCAAUGGGCCCUGUACUCCCUCCUCUACAGUGGCUGGUGACAUCAUCGACAAUGACUGUGAUGGAUGGAUUGACGAAGAAGAGAGCAACGGAAUAGAUGAUGACGGCGAUGGAUCUGUUGAUGAAGACUUGGCCAACCUUCCACGAAUUAACGGAAAUUGGGCAACCUGGGGUCAGUGGGGCGCAUGCUCACUGACCUGUAACUCUGGAACUGGUUCGCACAGCCGUUCCCGCACCUGCACAGAUCCCGCUCCAGCCAACAAUGGGAUUGAUUGUGUGGGUAGCGCCACCGAAACUGGACCCUGUACGGUUUCCACGCCCUGCCCAAUUGACGGUCAGUGGGGAUCCUGGUCAGCCUGGAAUUGUUCCAGGACCUGUGGGAAUGGGAUAAACACACGAUCACGUGACUGUGACAAUCCCUCUCCGCAGCACAACGGAGCAGAUUGUCCUGGAAACAACACAGACAGCGAUGUAUGUUGGGCGGGCACCUGCUACCCGUCAGUACUCGGGAACCUUGAUAAGAACUGCACGGCUUCCUCGUUUGGGUGUAAAUCAGGAAAUAUCGACUGCGUCGACAUCGAGAAAAGCUGUGAUGGCGCUGUAGACUGUAUGGACGGAAGUGACGAAGAUCCUUUAAUAGCCGGAUGUAGACCGGCAUGCAACGGAGCAGGUGUCAAUGUUGGAACAGAAAUAUUACUGUUGAUUUUGCCUGUCAUUUCCAUGAUCUUCACGAAUUGGCGAUUGUUCCUUUAAAUAAAGAUGAUGUAAUCCUGUUUGAUAUUUUUCAUUACUAUACUUGUUUAUAAUAAAAUUACACAGAAACACCACA